AAUCUUGUAUAUGUUGACAAAAAAAAGUGGAAGCUAACCCGAAGUCUAGGGUUUCGUUAGUGGUAAGCUCUGAAGCUAAUCUAGGUUUUGUAAAAUCCAUCAGCGAUGGAACAGCAGAUCUCGGAGAAUCUAUCAUCAACAACGUCCAGAAGUGAAACGCAGUUCUCAGAACCACCAAUCCCUAACGAUCUGAUUGUCGAGGUAUUCUCUCGAGUCCCGGGAAAGUCUAUAGCUAGGUUUCGAUGCGUAUCUAAAUACUUGGCAUCGAUCCUUCGUCGUCAUGAUUUCACCGAGUUGUUUUUGACCAAGUCUUUGACUCGUCCACGUCUCCUUUUCACCGUGAAAGCUAAGGGAAAGUUGUUGCUCUACUCUACACCUCAGCCUCAUAAUCCAGACGAUAACUCUUGUCUUGUAGCUACUCCAUAUCAUACGUCUUUUCCCGAAUAUUUUCCAUCUGAUAUGUGUAGCACAGUUUGUGGAUUGGUAUUGCUUCAGGAAUAUUGGAAAAUAAAGGUGCGGGUGAUUUGUAACCCUGUCACAGGACAGUUCUUAACCUUACCCAAAGUUCUUCUAAAAGAAAAGAACUUGCCCAAAGUGGAAGCCAAGAGAAACCGAGCAGAGAUUGAAGGAAUGUAUUUAGGGUAUGAUCCAAUCGGGAAACAGUUCAAAGUGUUGUGUAUGACCUCGUCACGUGAUGAAAGACCAAACACCCAUCAGGUUUUGACAUUGAAGUCUGGAAAACGUGUAUGGAGAACGAUCAAACCCAAGUUCCAUUUUGGGAAGAACUAUAGAAUGAGAGGUGAAAUCUGCAUAAACGGUGUUUUGUACUUCGGAUCAGCUUCGUUCGGAAUAGUUUGCUUUGACGUUAGGUCUGAAAAGUUCAGCUUUAUUAGCACAGAUAAAGACAUGGAACUAGGGUACUAUUCUUUGACUUUGUUCAACUACAAAGGUAAAUUAGGUAUACAUUACAGGGAUUCAAAUAAUUUGGUUUGUAAAGAACUUGUGCUGUGGGUUCUGGAAGAUGCAGGAAAUCAUAAAUGGUCCAAGCAUAGCUAUGCAUUGUCUCCUUCGUGUUCCAAGCUAGUCGAAUAUAACAGGUUUGUUGGAAUGACUAGUACAGGUGAAGUUGUGUGGACAGUAAACGACCAACUAUCAAAACUUUUCUACGUUUCCUUCUACAGUUUGGAGUCGAAAAGUUUUAAAAGGGUCUAUAUUCAGGGACUAGAAGAGUUUAAGGAUCAGUUUACAACUCCUGGCACCUUUCUAGACUAUGUUGAGAAUAUGAAGUUUAUGUAAGUGCGUUCAAGGCUUUCCUAUAUAUUAAACUUUUGGGUUUCAGCUUCUAAUAAUAUUCAUUUUUUACUGUUUUGAUUCU